AUGGCUUCUGAAGAACACGCUCAUCCGCUCGCCGAAUCCGGCAUGACCAUCCGAUCAGAUAGCGAGCAAUACUCCAAUUCGGCCCCCGAGGAGAUCUCAGCCUCUCCCUCCUCGUCAUCACGGUCUGCAGUUGUCGUGUACAAACCGCCUACAUUCUGGUCCAUUCUGCGCGCCGCGACUAUUAAUCUGUUUCUCCCCUUCAUCAAUGGCAUGAUGCUGGGCUUUGGUGAACUGCUGGCCCACGAAGUUGCCUUUAGGCUCGGCUGGAGCAACACUCGGUCAUUGGCGAAGCCUUCUGCCCGCACUCCUUUGCGCAACUUCGGGACAGCAUUGCGCAGAAUCAAUGGCAAUAUUCUCCGUGGUGAACUGCCCUCCAGUAGAAUAGCGAGCCGGCCGUUGCUCUCGGGCGCUUCUCUUCAGACUGGCUUCUCUCUCCGGCAAGCCCGUAAUGCCUCGACACAGCCUACGACAUCCACGGCUUCUGCCGCUGCCGCUUCUUCCCCAUCUGCUGCCACGGAUUCCUCCGUACCCCUCCCUGACCUCACGGCAACGCCGGUAAAUCUCUCAGGGAGUGAUCUUCUCGACAUUCCCGAGCAGAUUGGUUUUUUGAAAACUCUGGGUCUCGACUACGGCUGGGGCCCUACUUCGCUCAUGCAGACCCUCCUCGAGUCUAUUUACGUUUAUACCGGUCUUCCUUGGUGGGGUUCUAUUGCUCUUUUGGCUGUUGCCAUCCGGUUGGCGAUCCUCAAGCCGACAAUCGAUGCAUCUGAGAACGUCCAGAAGUUGCAGGAGUUGCAGAAGGACCCUCGUUAUGUCGCUGCCACUGAACAGCUGAAGCAGGUCAUGGUUACCGGCAAUUACCUCGCUGGUGCUGAAGCUCGUGCCAGGGUCUCUUUGAUGCACAAGGAGGCCGGCUACCAACCCUGGAAGAAUCUCAUCAACCUCAUCCAGCUUCCCAUUGGUAUUGGCAUGUUCCGGCUCGUCCGUGGCAUGGCUGCUCUGCCAGUCCCCUCGUUUGAGACUGGUGGCACGCUUUGGUUCACUGACCUUGCUGUGUCUGACCCCUACUUUGUUCUGCCUAUUAUCACGGGCUUGUUUGUUGCCCAGGCUAUGCGGAUUCCUAUGCCGUACAUGGCACCACAACAACAAAAGACUUUCAAGGCCAUGGCUUUGAUUAUGACCCCGUUCACGACAGUUGUUUCUCUCUUCCUCCCUGCCGGUAUUCAAUGGUACUUCUGCGUCACAUCUUUCCUGCACAUGAUCCAACAAUGGUUUCUGCACCGACCAUGGUUCCGCCGCUGGGUAGGCCUACGACCCCUGAAUAAGACCAACCCCAUGGGGAUCACUUGGGAGCCCCCUCGCGUUGUGGAUACAAAGGCCCCAAGAGUCAAGACUGAGGUGCCAACUGCUGUUCCUAAGAAUCAAGAUUCCUCACUCUACUCGAGCAUCAAGUCAACUAUCGAGCUGGCUAAAGAGAAGAUGGAGUCUCAGUCUACCAAGGCUGCACUGGAACGUGCCCAAAAGGCUGCUCAGGAGUAUGAAGAGAGGCGUGCCCUCGAGGAGAAAGAAAAAUACCUUGCUCGCAUCAACGCAAAGCGGUCUAAAAACCAUUAA